UUUCUCAUUCCCGUAAGUGCUUUGCAUCAUCUUCUAUGGAGACGACGACUCCGGAACAGAGCAGCGAGACCAAACCUUACUCUGUUCUUUUCGUCUGUCUCGGGAACAUCUGUCGGAGUCCAGCAGCUGAAGGUGUCUUUAGAGAUAUUGUGAAGAAGAGAGGUCUCGAUUCCAAAUUCAACAUUGAUUCCGCUGGUACCAUUGAUUAUCACGAGGGGAAUAUGGCGGAUCCAAGAAUGAGAAGUGCUGCGAAACGUCGAGGGAUUGAGAUAACAUCAUUAUCUAGACCGAUAAAAGCAUCUGACUUCAGGGAAUUUGAUCUCAUUCUUGCUAUGGAUGAACAGAACAAAGAGGAUAUAUUGAAGGCUUAUAAUGUAUGGAAAGCCAGAGGGAAUUUCCCGCCCGAUGCAGAUAAGAAGGUUAAGCUAAUGUGUUCGUAUUGCAAGAAACACAAUGACAAGUUUGUUCCUGAUCCAUAUUAUGGUGGAGCUCAAGGUUUUGAAAAGGUAUUGGACUUGCUUGAAGAUGCUUGUGAGUCUUUGCUGGACAUCACAGUCCCUAUAGCCUUCUUCAUGCUUUUUAGAAAAUCCAGAUUCGAACAAGAUAACAACGAAAGUACUUCUUCUUCUUCUUUAUCUCUUCCAUCUCCUCCAACUUCGUUGUCUCGUAAAAGGAAAUACCAUGUCUUCCCAAGCUUCCACGGGGCAGACGUCAGAAACACCUUUCUUAGUCACAUCCUGGAAUCAUUCAAAAGAAAGGGUAUCGACACAUUCAUUGAUAAUGCUAUACUGAGGAGCAAGCCAAUCGGUCCUGAGCUUCUAAAAGCUAUCAAAGGAUCAAAGAUCGCGAUCGUAUUGCUCUCCAAGAACUAUGCUUCUUCGUCGUGGUGUCUUGAUGAGUUGGCAGAGAUCAUGAAAUGCAGGGAAGAGUUGGGUAAAAUAGUCUUGACUAUUUUCUAUGAAGUGGAACCAACUGAAGUAAAGAAACUGACGGGUGAUUUUGGAAAAGCCUUCAGAAAAACUUGUAAAGGUAAAACAAAAGAGCGCACUGGGAUAUGGAGAAAAGCGUUGGAAGAUGUGGCCACAAUCGCCGGAUAUCAUUUUAACCGAAGGGUCAACGAAGCGGCCAUGAUCGAAAAAUUAGCCACUGAGAUUUCAAACAUGUUGAAUAACACGACACCGUCAAGAGAUUUUGACAGUUUAGUAGGGAUGGGAAAUCAUAUGGAAAGGUUGGAACCGUUGUUACGUCUAGAUUUGGAUGAUGAGGUAAGGAUAAUUGGGAUUUGGGGUCCGCCUGGGAUUGGUAAGACAACCAUCGGUAGAUUUAUGUUAGACCAAUUCUCCAGCAAAUUCGAACGUAGUGCAAUCAUGGUUGAUAUUAGAAGAAGCUACCCCUUUCCAAUAUCUUGUGGGGAUGAGCAGAGUGCUAUGUUACAACUUCAAACCCAAAUGUUGUCUCAAAUGAUGAAUCAGAAAGAUAUCAAGAUUUCUCAUUUAGGAAUGGCCCAAGAAUGGUUGAAAGAAAAGAAGGUGUUUCUCGUUCUUGAUGAAGUAGAUCGGUUAGGACAAGUAAAUGCCUUGGCAAAGGAAACCCGAUGGUUUGGUCCUGGAAGUCGGAUUAUUAUUAUAACAGAAGAUCUAAGAGUUCUUAAAGCUCUUAAGAUCAAUCAUUUUUACGCAGUGAAGUUUCCAACAAGUGAUGAGGCUUUGCAAAUCUUUUGUAUGCAUGCCUUUGGACAUAAGCACCCAGAUGAUGGCUUCGAUGAGCUUGCUAGGGAAGUUGCAUGCCUUGCUGGUGAACUCCCUUUGGGUUUGAAGAUUCUAGGCUCCACUUUGAAAGGAAAGUCCAAGCCAGAGUGGGAAAGGAAACUACCAAGGUUAAAGACCAAGCUUAAUGGAGAAAUAGAGAGCAUUAUGAAGUUCAGUUAUGAUGCCUUAGAUGAUGAAGAAAACAAAUACUUAUUUCUUUAUAUAGCCUGCUUUUUCAGCGACAAGUUCUUAUAUCCACGUAAUGUGGAAGAGAUUCUGUCAAAGAAGUUCUCGGAUGUGAGGCAAGGUCUUGAAGUUUUAGCUGAAAAAGCUCUCAUAUCUAUGGAAUACGGAUUGAUACAUAUGCAUCAUCUACUACAGCAAUUUGGAAGAGAAACUUCACGUAAACAAUUUGUUCAGCAUGGCCUUAGGGAACAUUAUCUUUUGGUCGGUGCAAGAGAUAUAUGUGAAGAGCUCAGCAAUGAUACAACGGAUAAUAGGCAUUUUAUAGGCAUAAAUUUAGAUUUAUCUAAAACCGAAGAAGAAUUGUAUAUAAGCCAAAAAGCAAUUGAGAGAAUGUCUGAUCUGGAAAUCAUAAGAAUCGAUGGUAAGGAGGAUCUUUCUCAGCCAGAGAGACUGGACUUACUUCUACAUCAUUCACAAAAGAUAAGAUUUCUGGAUUGGAGUUAUUUUCCAAAUACAUGUUUGCCAUUUACUUUUAAUCCGGAGUUUCUCUUCCGACUAUGUAUGAGAUCGAGCAAGCUUCAUAAGCUAUGGGAAGGAGCUACACAACUUAAAAAUCUCAAGUGGAUGGAUUUGUCUUAUUCUGAAGAUCUGAAAGAGCUUCCCGAUCUUUCAACUGCCACUACUCUUGAAGAGUUAGAUCUCCAAGGAUGCUCAAGUUUAGUGGAGCUUCCUUCUUCUAUUGGGAAUGCAACCAAUCUCCGGGAACUAAAUCUCUCGGAAUGCUCAAAGCUGGUGAAAAUCCCUUCUUCUAUUGAGAAUUUGACCAAUCUCCAGAAAUUAAAUCUCGUUGAUUGCUUAAAUCUUGUGGAGCUUCCCUCUAUAGAGAAUGCAACUAAACUGGAGGAACUGGAACUUGCAAAUUGCUCCCGUCUUGUGAAACUCCCGUCUUUUAUCAAUGCCACUAAACUUGACCUAUUGAAUCUCAGUAAUUGCUCAAGUCUACUAGAGCUACCUCCUUCUAUUGGAACUGCCACAAAUCUGAAGAAAUUGUAUGUUAGCGGAUGCUCAAGUCUCGUGAAUCUCCCGUCCUCUAUUGGAGAUCUCACUAAUCUCCAAGAUUUGGAUCUAUCUAAUUGUUCAAAUCUGGUGGAGCUUCCUUCUUCCAUAGGGAACCUUCAGCUAUUGUCUUAUUUGAGAAUGAGAGGAUGCUCAAAACUAGAGGCUCUUCCUACCAACAUCAACUUAGAAUCUCUCGAUUUACUUGAUCUCACAGAUUGCUCGCAGUUGAAAAGUUUUCCUGAGAUCUCCACAAACAUUGAGGAUCUGUCGCUCACCGGAACUGCAAUAAAAGAAGUUCCUUUGUCGAUCUUGUCGUGGUCUCGUCUUUCUAAUUUCCUUAUGUCAUACUUUGAAAGCCUCAAGGAAUUCCCACAUGCUCUUGACAUCAUCACGGGGAUGCAGUUGAACGAAGAUAUACAAGAAGUUCCUCCAUGUGUCAAGGGAAUGCCUCGUUUAAGAGUACUUAGACUCCACAACUGCAAUCAUCUGGUAUCACUCCCCCAAUUUUCAGAUUCUUUAUGGAACAUAGAUGCAGGCAAUUGUCAAUCCCUUGAGAGACUGGAUUGUUCCUUUAACAAUCCGAAGAUCAGUCUGAAGUUCAGCAACUGCUUCAAACUGAAUCAAGAAGCCAGAGAUCUCAUCAUGCACACAUCCACUUCUAGAUAUGCGGUGUUACCAAGUACACAAGUGCCUGCCUGCUUCAAUCACCGAGCUACUGCUGAGGGUUCCUUGACAAUUAAGUUGAAUGAGUCGUCUCUUCCUAAAUCUUUGAGAUUUAAGGCUUGCAUCAUGCUGGUUGAUAUUAACGAAGAAGCGGUUGAUGAAUUUGAUUUGUUGUAUGUAUAUAAUAAGAUCAUGAACAAACAGAAUGAUCUCGAAGUUCGGUGUACAACUAGAGGCCAAAUCAUAGAUCAAGUUUUAACAGAGCAUAUCUACACAUUUGAAGUUGAAACAGAGGAGGUGACUUCUACCGAGCUUCUCUUUGAGUUUACAACAUACAAUAAUGACAAAUGGAAGGUUGGAGAAUGCGGGGUAUAUCAAAUCUUGGAGGUUCAGAGAUGAUGAGAGCUUCAGAGAUGGAAAUCAAUGGAGGAGAUAAAGAACAGCAAAAAUAGAGUCUAGAAGAAGAAGAAGGAAGAAUCAUCAAGAGCUAUUGAGACUUUCAAAUUCGUGUUUUUGAUUCACUUUUCGUUUAUGAAAAGUGCUGUGAAACGUCGCAGGAUUGAGAGAUAACAUCAUUAACCAGACCAAGUCAAGCAGAUGAACAAAACAAAGGUUAAGCUAAAGUACAACAAACACGAAUCAGACCUGUAUUAUGGAGCUCAUUGUUUUGAGAAGGUAACUACUAUAUCUGUUUUUGAAUGGUUUUAAGACAGUUGCUCCUCUGGUUAGCUAAAUAAGUCAAUAAGUCACUGUAGGUAGCUGAACCCUCCAUAUAUAUAAAAGAAGGUCGUUUAGGCAAAACAAUGUAUAGCUCAGUCGUUAGAUUCAGUGAUUAUGUCGGACUUCUCUUUAUGAGUCUGUCCAUUGAACUAUUCGAGCUCUCUAUCGGGAAGGUGCUGUGGCUUAAUUAGCUCUUUAAUCUGUUUCGUUAGGAUAAAGCGCACAUGAAACUUGAAUCUUGAUCUCUCAAUUGGUCUACUGGACUUGUGAGUCUUUGCUGGAUAGUAUCACUUUGGAAAUUUGAUGAUGAUAUAUGUAAGUUACAAUUCUUACUUUGUUGGCGUUGCACAUCAGUGAUGUCAAUAGUGAGAGAUUAUAUGACAUGGAGCUUUAAUAUUUUGUUGCUGUUUACUUUGGAAAACCUAAUGGUCAUAUCAUUAUCUAAGUAUGCACGAUUGAAUUAAUUGUGAUUAUUGGAAUUACUAAGCAAGGUACAUUAAGAAAAUGCACAUUAAUCAUUAUUUUAAUUUUAUUUUCCAGUUGUACAUUAGUAGUUGCAGGUUUUAGGUGUUAAUAGACAUAUAUGCAGAAAGUUUUGGUAUUUUUUUUUGUUUUGCUUUGCUUACUUUACUUACUUUGUAUUGCUUGAUGAUAAUAUUAAUCUGCAGAAUCAACUAGCCUUACUUGCCUGCUGAGUAACAAUUUUGAUGUUCAGACAACAAAGCUUUCAAAUGAGAGACAUUGUACAAUAUUUUACCAUAAGUAACAAACAUAUUUGUUAGAUCAGAAUCCAAAAGUUGUUGUGACUUUGCAAAAGACAGAUUUCGCAGUCCUACAUAUAUACAAACUACAAAGUGUUUAUACUC